CAGCAGCCUCUCGCCCUCAGCCUCCGUCAUUUCCAAAGCGGAUCGUUUGUUGUCAAAAUGGAGUUUCUACUUGGAAAUCCUUACAGCACGCCUGUGGGCCAGUGUAUAGAGAGAGCCACAGACGGAGGCCUACAGAGUGAGGACUGGACUCUGAACAUGGAGAUCUGUGACAUCAUAAACGAGACAGACGAGGGGCCAAAAGACGCCAUGCGGGCCCUGAAGAAGAGACUGAGCAGCAACAAGAACUACAGAGAGGUCAUGCUGGUGCUAACGGUGUUGGAGACGUGUGUAAAGAACUGCGGUCACAGGUUUCACAUCCACGUGGCCCACAGAGAUUUCAUUGAUGGCGUCCUGGUCAAAAUCAUCUCUCCCAAAGCCAAUCCUCCCACAAUAGUGCAAGACAAAGUUCUGUCCCUCAUACAAUCCUGGGCUGAUGCCUUCAGGAGCAGUCCUGAUCUGACUGGCGUGGUCCACAUUUAUGAGGAGCUGAAGAGAAAAGGUGUUGAGUUUCCAAUGGCCGACCUGGAUGCUUUGUCUCCCAUCCACACGCCACAAAGGGGCACACCUGAAGUGGACCCAGGGAUGAUGAAGUACCUCGCUCCUAAUGCGUCGGCUCCUGGCAAUCCGAAACCCACUCAGCCCACUCCCACCGCCACGCAGGCCUCCAGCAUACCCAGCCCCGUCACUGCCACACCUGAACAGAUCGCCCGGCUGCGGAGUGAGCUGGACAUCGUGAGAGGAAACAUCAAAGUCAUGUCAGAGAUGCUUACGGAGCUGGUCCCCGGCCAGGAAGACGCUUCUGACUUAGAACUGCUCCAGGAGCUGAACAGAACGUGCCGCGCCAUGCAGCAGAGAGUGGUUGAGCUGAUAAGUCGUGUGUCCAACGAGGAAGUGACCGAGGAGCUGCUGCACGUCAACGAUGACCUCAACAAUAUAUUCCUUCGAUAUGAGAGGUAUGAGAGAUACAGAUCGGGCAGGGCUGCACAAAACAACGGGAUGUUAGCGGAGCCUACAGAAGACAACCUCAUAGACCUGGGCCCAGGCUCCCCUGCCGUGGUUACACCCAGGGUUGUGUCCAGCCCUUCGUCCAGCUCCGCCCACAGAGCCACAGCCUCCCCUGCCCACAACCCUUCCACAGCCUCCAUAUCUACUGCACUCGCUAGUCUUGAUGUAAGUUCUGACAGUGUUAGCGGUACCCUCACGGCUCUGUCGGGCCACAACAAGGACGACUUUGACAUGUUUGCCCAAACCAGGAGCAGCUCACUGGCGGAGCAACGCAAAAAUGUAAAAUAUGAAGACCCCCAUGCUCUGGGAGGCCUGGCCUCUGCUUUGGAUGUGAGGCAACAAAACACAAGUGGGCUGAGGGUAAAAGGGGAUGAUAACCCAGCAGAUCAGGAGCUGCCCAUAGACAGCUGGCUUAUUACCCAAGGAAUGAUCCCCGUAUCGCAGUCCUCUGUCAUGGAUGAUAUAGAGGAGUGGCUCUGUGCUGACGUGAAAGGAGAUGCUGCUGAGGAGGGAGUGACCAGUGAAGAGUUUGAUAAGUUCCUGGAGGAGCGAGCUAAGGCAGCGGACACUCUGCCGUCUCCCCACGGAGCUAACCCUCCUCACCCCACUCGUCCCCCCACCGGCUCCCACAAGAAGUCUGAGCGGACGGAGGACGCCCUCUUUGCCUUGUAGACUGUUUGCAGCGAACAUUAGCUUCUCCAGCGGGGAAUCGGAAGGUCAUCGCAAACAAUUCCCCUCCAAAGCAGCUCUUCUAGUUCCGUUUUAUUGCAGACUGGAUGGAAGUGGUGUGGCGAGUGAGCUCCACCUCCUUGCUCCUCCUACCCUUAAACCCAUUGAGGCCAAUGGUGUUUACUGCACACUCUGCCUUUGAGUUUUACUAUGAAUGGAUGUAUAGGGCUGUUAUCGUGGGAUGUAAAACUCGCAGGCCUGCAGCUCAUUUGCAGCAGUCCCACCAAGUGAAGACAACCUAACUCGUCUCAUGUGCUGUAAGAAUGUGGUAUAUUACUGCUAAGACGAAUAGAAACUGCAGGCUCAUGCAUUGAAUUUGUAUGGAAGCAUUCAGUUAGAAUAUUAUUUUACUACAUUCAGCUAAUUGCUAAUUGCAUUUGUUUUUCUAAUGGUUUAAGCUGUAUAAUGUACUACAGUGGCAGUUGUGGUUCAUCGAUUAUGUCUUUAAAUCAGCAAAUAUUCCAUUUAAGAAUCCUUAAUAGCAAAAUUUAGUAAUGUGGAUAAAAGUGCUGUGUUGCCCUGCUUGCCAAUAACACUGCAAAACAAGAGGCUGAUUUGUUAUUAAAAAGGAAUAUUCUGGAAAAACACAAUAAACCAAGCAUUCACAGCAUUCUUCUAACCAAAGGGAAAUGUAAUAGUAACGGCAACAAAAGGAAACUCAUUAACGCAUUUCAAAGCACUGAAGGGAAGAGAGUUGUCCAUUGAAUAUUUUAUAGAUUCAGAAAAAAUAUAUACAAACAUGAAGUGGGAACAGCAACCAGCUACAAGCACCUUUUAGCCAUUCCAAAGAACGUUAAGGCUUUAAUGACCAACUAAGAUUUUAUUUAUACACAGAGAAUGUAUAAAAUGUUAGGGAUAAACUGUGGAAGUCAGUACCUGUUUUGGUGAUUGAUUGAAAAACAUGUUGUUUAUUUUAGUAAUUCAAGUGAUGAAACCAUAAAAUCACAAGCAAAGUGAUAUUAAAAUAGGCCAGAUUUGUUUAUACUCUGUGCAGCUCAGCGUCUCCAAAGCUUAUAAAUGGGACGGGUGAAUGUUUUUGACAUUCUCACAAUCUGAAGAAAACAUAGGAUUCGGUUAAUAUAUAUCUUACUGUUAACUCUUCACAAUUUAAGGAAAAAUAAACUUUUACAUAAGAAAAAAAAUCUCCUCCGAAUAUGCAAAUGUGAUGACUGAAGAAUUACAUGCCUCUCUGGACAUGUACAAAAAGCUCCAAAUUUCCUUUCCUUUUUUUUGACAAAAUUAAAAUCCAGUAUGAAAUAUUAAAUUGAAGUAUGAACAUUUUUGGUCUAUAAUAAAUGAGCAGAUUUCUUUUCAUAUAUAACAUGAACCAUAUGAACGUAUGUUGUCUCGUUUUCUCAUAUUACGACACCGUCCAAGCGUCAACUUGCACAAGCAAAAUAUAUGCUUUAUAUCGUAACAUCACUGCAAAUAUAUAUGGUUGGGGUAAAGCUUUGAAAUAAUGGGCUCAUUCACAUUUGUUCUCUGAUGGGGGCGGGAGGAGAAGGUGGGACUGUACCUUUUUAGGUGUCCCACAUCGCUCAUCGUCAGUUUAUGCAAGAUUAGUUGCCUGUGUCAAGACAUGGGACAAAAAGGGACAAUUUUCUAUUUACUUUUGCUAGGGAUUAAUGUCAUUUUAUAAUAAAAAAGUAAAUCAAUCUAAAUUAAAAUUUUUGCCCAAAUAUUGGCUACAAAUGCAUAAGAUCACAGUAUGUGUUUUAAUUGAACGUUUUCUAUUUUAAAAGCAAACAAAAUAACCACUUUUUACCUAACAUUUCUGAUAAGAUCUACUUACCAAAACAUGCAUGGACAGUAAAAAGAAUAUACUAUUUUUUAUGAAUUAUGAUACCUGCACUUUGAUGCAAAAACUAAUAUGUUUUUUUUUUUUUGUCUUUUGUGUUUGUAAAGUUAAUAUUUUUUUUAGGGAUGGGAAAGAAUCUUAAAAAUGACUUCACACUGCUUUUGUUUCUUCAUCUCUCCAGUUUUUGUUUGGGUUCAUUCCAGGAUGUCAAGUUUAAGUUUGAUAAAACAUCAAUAUUAGACAUUCGCAUAGAAAAACCGCCGUUAUUUUUAUGAUCAGUAUGAAUAGUGUUGACUUUAAAAUUGCCUACAUGACAACGUAUUGAAACUAGAAUGAUGCAAGCUUUAAAAAUGUGCAUUCUCACUGAUGGAUCUCCGUACAUUUGAUGCUAUAAAAUCUAUAAACGUCAACAUACUCUCCUGAUUUAAUAUUUAAAAUUUAUUUUAUAUUUUAUUAUUAUAGUUCAUGUAUCAUUCACAACAUUGUUAGGUGCGGUGGGAGGCAGAUGUUUAUUCUAGCAUGACAUUUCUGCCUAUGUUACAGAUGUUUCCAACCACAGUUUACCUUUGGUUUAGAUGGAAAAUAUAAAGCCAACAAAAAAUAAGAAAAUCCCCCCUAUUUUAAUACUCUAUUAUUAAUUUUAUUUAAUUACUAUAACAGCCUAAUAACUAGAAUCAAUAGUUUUCAUUCGGAACCUCUGAACCUCUUAUGGGGAAACAACUAUGAUUUGUUAUUUUCACAGUUACUAAAGUCUCAAUAUUUUCUCCAUAGUCCUUGUAAUAUUCAAAUGUAACUUGGUUCAAAUGUAGUAUUGAUCUUUAUUUGGUAUUAAUGCUGUAUCGUUACAACUGUUUUAAUAUGGUUGCCAGGUAACUGAGAUAUUAAUUGUAGUCCUUUUGUUUUUUUUUGAAAACUCUUACUGUGCAGGUUGUUCAAUGACAGAUUCCAAGAAAGUCAUCAGAGGUGAUUUCAAAUGAAACUUCUGCUAUUUUCAGUAUUUGUGUUUCACAAGUCUUUGGAUAAGUAAUGGUAACAGUGUUUUUGUUACUUUCUUUGAAGAUUGCAAAAGUGUUUCUCACAAAUGUCUUAGCUGUCUAUAUUUGGAUACAGUAUGUCAUUAACUGGAUUAAUACACAAUGUGUGUACUCAAAGUUUGGACAUCUCAGGUGUUCGACGUCUGUGUGGCUGUACCUUACUGUCUGCUGCCAUUACUUACAAUCAGAUUUGUAUUUGACUCUUUGCACGUGUGUGACUGCCCAAUAAAACACUAGCAAUGUGUGACCUCUA